CUCUGAGGUCGCAAGUUCUGUCUCUGGGCGCAAGAAAUAGGGCCAGGCAUCCGGAAUAGAGUGGUGGAAAGCUGUGGAAGACAAAGCCUGAGCUGGUCGUCAGUUCAUCAUCUCCCGAAUGGAAGAUGGCAAGGAUGAUCUCCAGUUGUCAGUGGUACCGUGUGGACGUUUAGCAUGUGGUAAACCACUCACGGUAGCUGUAGCUGUAGCUGUAGCUUCCACCAACAGAACGCCUCGUUCUUGCCGAUGAUAGCUUCGACACUUGGCAAGCCACUGCAGUGAAAGAAACCAGACAAGUCCGAGUGACAGACAUGCCGAAAAAAAGUGCGGCAAGAGUAACUACUUCUUUUUGGCCAUUUGCCCUUGCUUCGCUUUCUUUCUUGAUUUCAUCUCUCCACACUUUUGCAACAUCUUGAACACCAUCAGGAAAGACAUCAUUGUGAACGUGUCGCAAAACCAGAAAUCAACUCACAAUGCGUUUCGCCAUCGUCGCUAUUUCCACCCUUCUCGCCGGGAUUGUGUCCGCGCAGUCAAGUCCUUCAAUUCCUACUUGUGCCGACACAUGCAUCACUGACGCUCUACCCGCAUCUUGCAACCUUGCACCAGCAUGUAUCUGCAGCACACCGUCCUUCAUCUCCGGCAUUAGCUGCUGCAUCUACAAGAGCUGUGAUACCGCCGAUCAGCAAGCCGCCCUUGCCUAUGCCCAUUCAAUCUGUGAUCCAGUCGGCUAUUCGUCGGUAUUGCCCGCUACAGCAGGCUGCUCGGCCAACUCGACCUCCUCUGCUACCGCCGCCAGCUCCAACGGCACAGCGAGUGCCACUGGUGCCAUCGCAUCCGCUUCGGCCUCGGCCUCCUCCGUUAUCAGCAGCCUUACGUCCUCCCUCAGUGCCGCCGCAUCUACCGCAUCCACAUCUGCAACUGCUGCUUCUGGCAGUGCUACGUCGACUGCGUCUGCCGCUGGCUCCAGCGCAAGUUCCAGCGCCAUCGCAGCAAAUCUUGUUGGCGCUAAGAGCUUGGGAAUAGGUGCAGUUGCCGCAGCGUUCUUGGGUCUUGCUGCUUUGUUGUAGGUUGGGCUUUCGGUUCUGGAAGGGCUAAAAGAGUAUGCCAAGAAAUAGAU